AUUCCCAGCCGUAGAGCGUUAGUAACGCGUAUUGAGGAUGUCACGGAGAAAACGUGAGGAAGUUGUGCAACACACAACAAACAAACGUCCCAAGAUGUCUGGUCCAAGAGAACAUAUCAAAGGAUCAGAUACAGGCAGUGAAAUACACCAGCUGAAAUUACCAUGCAGUGAUCCAUUUCCUCCAACUACCUACUACCUUGGUGACAGUUUCGAUGAUGCUCAGACAUAUUUUACACAAGAGCAAGCAAUGCUUCCAGUGAACUUUGUCGGCGCCCUCAAGAAGGAACAUCCGCAUGUGGUGAAACGUGUUGCAGAAUUAUUAGAAUACAAUGGAGGGGGUAUUGCUUUAUUUGGUCGGUCGCUUGCAACUACCUUAAACGUGCCUUGUAACAAACCACCUGAUGUUUUGCAGUGUGAUGUAUUGAUCAUCACACGAAAGUGCCUACCUUUUGUUAUAUCUUUCUCAUCGGAAGCAGUUGAUGAUGCUAUAGACAAAUAUAAUGCCGAAUUGGCCCAUCGCAUGAGGGUGAUUUUUGGAAAAUACACAGCAGAAAGGUUCACUUUCAUCUUUUUGGCCACUGAAGAGAAAAUAUAUGGGAAAAAGAACAAAUUUCACUCCACUGUCCAUAAAAGAAGGUCUACGGUAAUGGAAUCCUGCUUUCCUGAUCAAAAACACAUGACCGAUUCCAAAUUUGAAGGGCUGAAGAAUGCUUUAACAGCUACAGCUGCAAGAACAAGUAUUCCACAGGCACCUAAAGAUGGUGGAAAGGGGUCGUUUUGGGUUUUGAUGAUAGAACAGUUUUCAAACUUACUUAACAAUGUUGAUCUACGCCAACCAUCAGAUGUAUCUGAAACACUUCAUGGGAAAACAGUGUUCAUGUUUGAAGCUGCCCUACGACUAGAACGCAGUGGUAAAACACUUCUUAUCUGUGAGAGCAUGGAGGAAAAGACCAAACGAAAUCAUGCCCCAGCUGAAGUGACCAUCGAGACAAUUGACUCCUUCCGUCAGUCUGGUCAGGACUGGUCACAGUUCAAGUACAUCAUUGUAGCUGCCCCACGUCACCAGUUCAUGGUCAUUCAGGACACGUUGAAGGCACUUAGGACUCCAAUAUGGAGGAUCUACGAACGUGACGAAGUUAAACCCCCCUCAGAAACUGUGAGUAUUGGGCUCAUAGGCUACCCAAAGACAGGGAAAAGUCUUCUUGCCAAUGCAAUUGCAGGUGAGAAACUGUUCGAUGCUGGAUUACAGAAACCCACAGCAAUAUGUCAGGAGAAACGCGCAAGAAUUGGUAACAGAGCAAUUCAAAUAUUGGACACACCUGGGUUUUCGUUGUACAACAAACAGAACAUCCAGAGAACAGUCGAUGUGGUGGUGACAAAGGCAAGUUCCAUUAACGCCUUCUUGCUUGUCGUGAAGGUAUCUCCAAUGACAUAUGAUGAAGAACUGCUCCUCAAACAUGUCAGAUCUAUUGUGGGGAAGUCCAUGUCACAUAAAAUAGUGCUCGUGCUUACAACAUUAGAUGAUAACCUCACUUUGAAGGAAUACCUAGAGAACAUUCCUAAUUUCCUGAAAGACUUCCUCAAGUUCUGCCACAACCCACCUGUGCUUGUCAAUGUCAACACUGGGACAGAGUCCGAGAAGGCAAACGAUCAAUGACAAGAAUUGUUCAGGACAAUAGGAGGCAUACAAAGGGAGCCUGUGCAAGAGAAUAAACAAUGUGUGAACACGAUUCGUCAGAAGGUAACUGAAGCAAUCUGUGAACUGGAGAAAUGUCAGAAGGAUGACUUGAAGCAGUAUAUAGAGUUGAUACACUCGUUCCUCUCAAGCCAUUAUGGAUGCUAUAGAUCUUGCGGUAUGGCUUAAAUAACGUCAAAUAGAUGUAAAUCGUUCACUCUCUCGCAACAGUGACACCAACUUUGAAGUCACUAUUCACACACACAUGUUAAGGUGGCGACCCAGAUAUAGAGUGGCCUACCCUUUAAAUACGUAUGUGUCGGACAGACAGAAGAUCAUAAUCUUGGAACAGUGCUCCUCGAUCAGCUGAUCUUAUUUCGGCUGAGGGACGCUACUCUGUACAUCGAAUGUCAGCGCCACACGCCCUCAACUUAUCUGAUAUGUUUGUUUAUUGCACAGACUAGAGUUAAUAUUUUUUAUUUUGUUUUGGGAGUAUUGCUGCGACAGGCUCUACAAUGCAUUAAUCAGGAUUUUAUGAACGCUUCAUGACACGACUUGCCUACUCAUAUGGUCAAUAUUGUUAUUCUCACAUUUAUUACAAUCGUGUGGGUUUAAACGAAAAAAAAUCAGUUAUAUCUUAUGAUUGAAAUGUUAGCUAUUUUCUAACAGUUUGUGUCUAUUUAACACAUUUGACAUGGCAUCUGUACCAAGUGUACACAUCAUGCUUUAGUUGAUCCGUUUUUUAAUUUUGUUCACAUGUACCUCCUGUUUGUACCCCUGACGAUCCGGGGUAGAAUAGGUCUUCAGCAACCCAUGCUUGUCGUAAAAGGCGACUAUGCUUCUCGUAAGAGGCGACUAACGGGAUCAGGCGAUGAAUGUCAUCGAUCCCAAUUGCAUGGAUCGAUGCUCAUGAUAUCAAUCACUGGAUUGUCUGGUCCAGACUCGAUUAUUUCCAGACUACAAUCAUAUAGCUGGAAUAUUGCUGAGUGCAGCGUAAAACAACAAAACAACCUAACAACAGCCUUCUGUUUGGGUACUUGCAGUUUACAUGUGUUAGCUAGGAUUCAGUAAAAAACUUUGAAAAUAAUAUUCUAAAAUAAGUAUUUUGAGCACAAUGAUAUCGAUGAGCUGAAGUAAACAUCACAUAUACAAAUAAAAUCAAACUGUACUAGUAUCAGAUGUAACAAACAUCAUCUGGUCUGAGUCUGUCAGAUACAAAUCUGUCAGAUUACUGGUAAAUCCGUUGUAUCCCAUUCUAACACAACAUAAUUUAUAUGUACACAUUAAGUCCACCAUACAUAUUGUUUUCUCUUUCUCACAAUAUGAUCAAGAGGCCAAUGACGUCCC